AUGUGGGCUUUUUUCAAAAAAACAUUGAUUAUCCGUUUCCUGUUUGUGCAAGCCAUAGCCCUGCCCCUCAGUAGCAAACUGGGUGUGAAAGACAAGCAGAGACCAAAAGCUCAGCCCAACCCCAUGCUGGAAACAUUCUACAAUACGCGCUGCAAGACCCCUGAAGAGGGUGAGCUGAUCAGUUUAGCCAAACAGUGUGAUCUGCCAGUGAGGAAGGUGGAGAGGUGGUUCCGGCGCCGGAGGAACGCAGACCGACCCAGCCUGUCAAAGAAGUUCUGUGAGGCCUGCUGGAGGUUUAUAUUUUACAUCACUUCUUUCGUCACUGGACUUGCUGUCCUGUACGAUAAGCCUUGGCUUUGGGACCACAGAGAGUGCUGGACGGGAUAUCCACAACAGCCUCUCCUGCCCUCUCUGUUCUGGUACUACAUGCUGGAGCUCUCCUUCUACUGGUCGCUGGUCUUCACCCUGCCCUUUGAUGUGAAGAGGAAGGACUUCAAGGAGCAGAUAGUCCAUCACGCUGCAACCAUCUUCCUGAUCAGUUUUUCAUACUGUGCCAAUUACAUCCGCAUUGGGACGCUGGUGUUGGUGAUUCAUGAUGCUUCUGAUUGCUUCCUAGAGCCAACUAAGAUAUUCAAUUACAUGAAGUGGAAAAAAACUUGUGACAGCCUCUUUAUGAUCUUCUCAGCUGUUUUCCUCAUCAGCCGCCUGGUCGUUUUCCCCUACACAGUGCUCUAUAACACCUACUACUACUCCAUGGAGAUAUUCCAGCCCUUCUUUGGAUACUACUUCGUGAAUGUUCUCCUGAUAAUUCUGCAGCUGCUCCAUGUCUUCUGGUCCUGCCUAAUUAUUCACAUGGUCUACAAGUUCUUCAUCCAGGGCACG